AGUUGACUUCCUCUCUCUUUCCCCCAAAUUUUAUAAUUAAUCCAUCCCCUGCUUUCUUCUUCUUCAACAUCUUCAGAAAAAUCUCUAACCACCAAUACUAUUGCUAUGUCAAUUCUUCCCCUCUCCUUCUCCUUCCUCUUCCUAAUAUUCCUCCAUCACCCCUCCGUCUGCCUCGCCGACAUCGGCACCGCCGCCUGGUAUCGCCCGCCGUAUUCCCCGACGGCGUGUUACGGCAGCGACGCGUCGCAGUUCCCGUCGAGCUACCUGUUCGGGGCGGCGGGGGAAGGGAUAUGGGACAAUGGGGCGGCCUGCGGGAGGCAGUACAAGCUCCGGUGCCUCAGCGCGGUGGCGGCCGGGUCGUGCCAGCCCGACCAGACGAUUCAGGUGAAGAUCGUGGAUUACGCCCGGAGCUUGGUCUCUCCCGGGUCGGCGUCCGGGACCACCAUCGUGCUGUCGCAGACGGCGUUCGCGACCGUCGCGAAUUGGACCGCCAGCCAGAGCAUCAACAUUGAGAUCCAACAGGUAUGAAGUAUGAAGAGAAUGCUUUAUUCGGGGGGUUCCGAAAUCGCCGAGAAGGGGAUCAUCACCUGUGACGGGCGAAAACUAUAAAAGGAAGUUUGGAGAGUACAUUGUAAAGUCAUUAGCGUCAGCUUUCCUUGGAGGUGGACAUUAUUUGCUGUGUGUAUAGCCAACAAUUCCAAAUCAAUAAAACAAUUUCUCUAUUUUAGUUUUACCUGUUUUGGCAUAGAGUAGAAUUCACAGCAAGUAGAAUGUUAGACAAGGAAACAAAGAAGAAUUAACCAACUAAAUUAUGGGGUUUAGGGGGAAAGAAUCUAGAAUUUUAGUUGUUUAGUCUAUAUAUAUUCUAUUGGAGUGGGAAUGCGAGUUGUUUAAGGGAGAGGAUUAGGUGACGAGAUUUGGAAAAAAAUUAUAAAGAUUUGAAAGACAA